GGCAGUUGGAAUGUAUUCAGGAGGGGGAGGGCACAAAUUAUGGCACAGUUUUCAUCCCACAAUCAACAAAAGAUAAAUUCCUAGCAUAUUUGUUUUGUGUUAUCAGCUGGUGGUGGUGUUGCUGCGGAGAUUUAAAAUCACAAUGGCUGAGGCGGUCCUGAUCGGCGAACAGAUCGAGGACGAUGAGGUGCAGGAGAUUCUCAAAACGGGCACGGAUCUGCGCCAGUAUGCGGCCCAGAUCGAGAAGGAGUUCAAGGAGGUGGAGAAUCGGUCUAUCGAUGAUUACAUCAAGGAAAGCCAAAACAUUGCCAACCUGCACAACCAGAUCGGCAACACGUCGAACAUACUGGAGCGGAUGGAGUCGAUGCUGAUGGACAUACAGGAUGCGCUGAACAACAUCAGCACCGAAAUCACGUCGCUGCAGAAAAAGUCCGUCUCGAUGUCGGUGCAGCUCACCAACCGUCAGUCGAUACGGGCGCAAAUCUCGCAGUUCAUCGAGGAUAUGGCCGUGCCGGAGGAGAUGGUCAGCUGCAUCAUGGACAGCCCGGUGACGGAGAAAGAGUUUGUGGCGCAUCUGAACGAGCUAAACCACAAGCUGAACCUGAUGAAGGAGCUUAACUUUAAGGAGAGCAAAUCGUCGCAGGACGUGAGCGACGUGCUGCAGAAGCUGAAGAUUAAAGCGAUGAGCAAGCUGCGCCUCUACCUGAUGGAGCAGAUCUACAAGUUCCGCAAACCGAUGGCCAACUAUCAGAUUCCACAGAAUGCGAUGCUAAAGUACAAGUUUUUCUUCGAGUUUAUUCUGUCGAACGAGCGGACCGUGGCGCAGGAGAUCUGCAACGAGUACGUCGACACGAUGAGCAAGAUUUACUACAGCUACUUUAAGAGCUACUCGACGCGGCUGGGCUCGCUCAAGUUCGAGGAAGCCGUAUCGAAGGACGAUCUGAUGGGGCUGGAUGAUUCCGGGCCGAAGGGUAUCUUUUCCAAGACGAGCUCGCUGAAGAACAAGAGCACGGUGUUUUCGAUCGGCGACCGGGGCGAAGUACUUAAUCAGCAGCUCGAGGCACCGAUCAUUGUGCCGCACGCGCAGCAAAAGUUCCGGUACGCUUACGAAGCCCUGUUCCGGUCGGAGCAGUACGCCCUGGUGGACAAUGCCUGCCGGGAGUAUCUGUUUGUGACGGACUUUUUCAUCGUGCGGGGAGCGCAGGCACAGGAGCUGUUUAAUCAGAUCAUGGGAAAAACGACCGCACUGUUAAUUAAAAAUCUGGAAACCUACGUGCAAGAUUGUUACGAUACGAUAGCACUGUUCCUGUGCAUCCAGCUAUGCUUCCGGUAUCAGCUGAUGUGCCACAAAAGAUGCGUUCCAGCGUUGGAUAAAUAUUGGGACAACUUGCAUGCUGUGAUCUGGCCCCGAUUUGAGCAGGUGUUUCGUAUGAACAUUCAAAGCAUCCAGGACUGUGAUCCGACCAAAUUCCCCAAAGAAACUGGACCACACUAUAUAACGCGCCGGUACGCGGAAUUUUCUGCCGCCAUCGUGGGCAUUACGGAAAACUUCCCGAACGAGCUGGUUAGCCACAUGCUGCUCGAACUGCAGGAAGAGGUAAAGUGUUUUAUGCUGCGUAUGGCGGCCAUUUUCACCACGCGCAAGGAACAGCUGAUCUAUCUAAUUAACAACUACGAUCUGGUGCUCGGUGUGCUGAUGGAACGCACGCGAGACAACUCGAAGGAGGCGGAAGCGUUCCGCGAAUUGCUGAGCACGCGGAGUGCCGAGUAUGUGGAGGAAAUUCUAGCGCCCCAUCUGGGUGGCAUCAUACAGUUCGUGAAGGACUGUGAGCAGAUGCGCGAUAAGGAGCAGACGGAGGAGCUGAAGCGCCAGGAGCGCCGUUCGUUACAGCUGGUGGCAAACUUUAGUGCCAACUGGAAGAAGUCGCUCGAGGAGCUUAACCGUGAGGUUUUUCUAUCAUUCCCAUCGCUGUUGACCGGGUCGCAGCUGCUGCAGCUUGCGCUGUCCCAGCUCGUGCAAUACUAUCACAAGUUCUACAAACUGCUGACACCGAAUGCGCGGGCACAGCUGGUAAACAUUCAUGUGAUAAUGAUCGAGGUGAAGAAGUACAAGAGCAACUUCUAGACGAGAGCAAGCAGGAUUGUGUUUUCGGAAACAUUACCAUAUAGUAGCAUACACAUUAGCUAGAGCGAUGACUUACGUACUUCAUUUUGUUUAUUUAUUAUUGGUUGUAUGGUGGAAUAAAAAAUACAAGGACACACAAAA